AUGAACAAGAUGGCAAGUCGCAUGGGCUCAGAGCCAACAGAAAACAUGGCGAACAAUUGGCAGGACAAGUUCACAGGCUUUACGCGUAAGUUCUUCCUGUUGUUUAACUCAUUUCAGGACUGACAGCUGGACAGAAAAGACUCACAUACCUGGAUUUAUUCCCUCCUGGGUCAUGCAAAUGCCAAAUCUCCCCACCAUUGAUGGUACGCGGAAGCAGUCGUUCGCAGACACCAUUUCAGAGGACAGCAGUACUGUAACAAGCUACCAUGACCUUGGAAUUGACCAGAACGUCAAUGCACCCACUCCCUUCUCAACAGCAAAGCUUGAAAGAGGACUGGGAAUGCUCAGAGUUGAUACCUGGGUUGAGAAUCCAGUAGCAUACCAAUAUUUGAAUCGCAUGAGCAAAGAAUACUAUCGGUCGCCAGUGUCUCCAGACUAUCAACGUCCAGGAUAUCAAUCUCUUACUUCCAAUCAACCAUCCUCAAUGGAAACACUUUUCGUGACUGAAAAUGGAGCCCCGCAAUUUACCGAGCAACGAGCUCACGAAAAGGCACGAGAUGAGGCUGAACGUAUUAAGGCACUUUGUGAGAAAGGCGAUAGCGAUAUCUUUAGUCCUUCCCCACUCAAUGCCCCAAAAGUCCCAUGGAUGGGUAAUAUGGCGCUAGAAUCUCCAACCAGUCCUCAUUCGGCAUCCUCCGCCUUUUCUCCCACGUCUGAUGCUCCAUUUAUCUUUCCUCGACACGUUACAGAUAGACAAAUCGAAAUCAUACAAAGACUUGAGAUGAGCGCUUUUCCUAUUCGCUCUCAUCAUACACGGGGGUUCGUCAGAGCUCCACAAUAUGUCAAUCGCGAUGUUUUGGGAACGAUUGAGCCUGACUAUACCAGGGGCGGAUCAUACAUGAGACAAGCUGCUCACCCUGCAGGCCCUUUUCAACAGCAGUUGGCUCAAUUCACAGACAAUUCCGAGAACUGCGCCAUCAUUAUUGAGAACAUCUCACCUCAUACGAAGCACUGUGAUAUAUUUGAUCUGAUCCACACUGGUCCUGUCAGCAGCCUCAAGUUAAAGCCUCCACAACCCCCAAAGCACAUGACAAGUAAGUGAAUGCCAAAUCCUGAAAAACUUCUAAAGAUAGAAAGGAAGACAGAAAGAGUGACUAACACCAUUCUCCAGUGUCAGCUUUUGUAGCAUUCACCAAUCCCGUCGCUGCCCAGCGGCUUGUUGAAAUGUCUCCUCUUGUCCAACACAACAGAAAACUUUGGGUCCGCUACAACACCACAAAUGGCGGUACAAAUGCAAUUCCAAGUCUCUACAUCACCCGCGUCGUCGUUUUGAAAGGUCCACGCGAUAUGAUGAGCCGUCCCUGGUGGAUCCAAUACUUUAACAACAUCUGCAACGUUCAAUGGGAUCGAUAUCUCAACCUUCGCUGUGAUAUUCCAGGUUAUGCAGCUUUGGAGUUCCGGUUUUCAAGAGUUGAACAGGCAAGAACUUGCAUGACCCAUGUACAGAACGAUCCUGUGUUUGGAACUGGUAUUAUCAAGGCCCGAUUUGGCAGAGAUCCUUGUGAUGGUCCAGGAUUUACUGGCAACAACUGA